AGUGUCUUUCCUUCCUUCAAGACAUAACCUCAACUUUCUUUCACGUGUAAAGUAAAUUUGAAUGAACAAUUUCUUUUUUGUAUGUUUUCCGCAAAACCAUGUCUUUUUUCAUAAAGGGUAAACAGGUAAAUGGAAUAAAACGAGCAAAAUAUUCUACUGAUAAAAGUAAGAAACGGAAACCAAAAGCCAAACCUUCAAAAAAUGAAGAAAUCACCAGCAGUGAAGAUGAAGGCUUGGUCAACAAUGAAGAACCAGAGGUGUCUUCUAGUGAAGAUGAACGUGAAACAGCUCAAGAAAAGAAACUGAGAUUAGCGAAAAUAUAUCUUAAAGAAAUUGAAAAUGAAGAGAGAGCUAGAUUACAAAAAGAAGACAUAGAUGAAGGAGAUAUUUCCAAAAGGCUAAAGGAAGAUUAUUUGAAAGAAACUGGACGAUUACGUAUGACUGUGGCUGAUAGAUAUAAAAGAAUUGAUGAGGACCAAAUACAAAUACUGAAGUGUAGAGAACAUCGCAGUAGUAUAACAUGUUUAUGUGUCACUACUGAUGAUCAAUCCAUCAUUGCUGGAAGUAAGGAUGGAGUAGUAGUAUCAUAUUCUCUAACAAAAAGUAGAAAGGAAAGAGUAAUUCCAUUUGUAAAACAAUCUAAUACAGAAGAAAUAAUAGGACACACCAAACAAAUACUUAGCAUAGCCAUUUCAAGUGAUAACAAAUUUUUAGCUGUGGGGACAGAAACCAGUGACAUUUUCAUCUGGGAGCCCCAAUCUUUCAAAUUCAUAAAAAAACUGACUGGUCACAAGAAUGCCAUAACAGGACUGUGCUUCAAAAGAGACACUCACACAUUAUAUUCAUGUUCCAGAGACCGUACAGCCAAAGUGUGGAGCCUAGAUGAAAUGGCAUAUGUUGAAACACUUUUUGGCCAUCAAAACAUCAUAUCCUCCAUGGACACCCUGUACAAAGACAGACUGGUUUCAUGUGGUUGUAGGGACUUGAGGUUAUGGAAAAUAACUGAAGAAACUCAGUUAAUCUACAAUGGCCACAGUGGAAACAUAGACAAUGUCAAGAUGAUCAAUGAAGAAAAUUUCAUCACUGGUGGGGAUGAUGGACAAAUCUGUGUGUGGAGUAUGUUGAGGAAAAAGCCCUUGUGUGUUGUUCAAGAUGCUCAUGGGAUAGAUCCAAGCAAUCAGCAGCCCUAUUGGAUCAGUGCUCUGGCAGCCUUGACCAAUGCAGAUUUGGCUGUGUCUGGCUCCCAGGAUGGAUUCAUUAGAUUGUGGAAGUUGGAGAAUAAUUUCAAGGCAUGUAAAAUGAUUCUGAAGGUUCCUGUUGAGGGAUUUGUGAACUGUUUGAGUUUCACAUCAGAUGCUAGCAAACUGAUUGUUGCCACAGGAAAGGAACACAAGCUAGGAAGGUGGAGUACAGUGAAGUCAGCUAAAAACUGUAUAAUGGUGGUUCCUUUCAUUAAGGAAUGAUUUUUUUUAUUUCAAUAAAUCCAAUUAUCAUUUGUUAGCCAUGAUUUCUUUCACUUCCACAAUUGUUUUAACCUGAAUUUUCUACUUAGAAUGACCAAUCCAGGGCCAUUCAUUGACAGAGUCCAGUAAUUGACCAUCAUUGUUGCAUGCAAGAACUGUCAGAUGACCGACCCUGGAGGUACAACAUUGAAACACAACCUCACUUUUCUUAUUUGUUUACAAGUGAUGGAUGUAACAUAGGCUUCACAACUUGUGUAUCAACCUUUACCCUGACAUGUUGUCGCAUGUCAAUUGUCUUGUCUAAUGACAUGCGUCAACAACUGACAGGACGCCAUAUCAUGUUCGGUGUAUCAUGCAUAUUUCAUGUAUCGACUAUUUUGCAGUGACUUGAAAUAAAAGUUAAUAAAGCAACAUAUUAU